GAAAAAAGAUGGCGGUGAUGAACCCUUGGAAAGUUCGGGUGCUGUGCAGCUCCCGCGAUACCUUCAUGGAGUCGUCGCUGAUGUCCAAGCUGCCGUUCAAUCCCCGACAGUUCGAGUACCAUCCACGCGAUCCAUCGUUGCUCGUGUUUGGAACGUUCUCUGGACAAGUCGUGGUGUGGAACCACGCACUAAACCGCGCGCAUUACGUGUCCAAGGCGCACCAACUCAGUCCAACUGAACAGGUUCUAGGGCUGUCAUGGCUGCACAAACCCGAAUAUCAAGACAGGUUCAUCGUCGGAACUCAGAAAGGCACCAUCUCCAUGUGCUCGAUGGACUCGACCAGGUCCCACGAACCCACCAAGCAGUUCGUUCCGUUUCCCCACCUAAGCUCAGUCCACGUCAACUUGAACGACCAGCAUGUCCUUGUGAGCGGGAAUUCCCACUCUGUACGCAUUUACGACGUGCAGACCGGCCAGAUCGUGCGCACUUUCGACGACAUCCACGAAAAAGAGAUCAACCUUUCCAGGUUCGCCAAUCUGUCGUCAACGCUCUUCGCUACGUGCUCCUUUGACAAGACCAUGAAGUUGUGGGACACGCGCAGCCCCGACACGACCCCUAUCUACACGUGCACUUCGCAAGGCGAGAACUUGACCAUUUGCUUUUCUCCGGACGACCAGCGGCUGCUUGUGUCUGCAAUCGACGACGAGUUCAAUCAAUUUAGCCUGCUCAAUGGCAAACUCGACUGGGGGUUGACACCGCAACGACAGGGUGACAAACCGUCUUAUUCGCGGUCAUAUUACACCUCAAGCGGCAAUCUCAUUCUCAGUGGGUCCACGGAUCACUCGGUCGUGCGCAUGUACUGCUCCCACACGGGCCGCCUCCUUCACGGAUCGAUUCAGUACUCUGGGCGGAAGCACUCGGCGCUGCACACGCUGUCCCUGCGAGCCAACCCCCACGACGAACUCAAGUUUUGUGCUCUGGUGGCGUACUCGGAUGCUGACCACAUCAACGAGUUGAUUGAAAACACGAUGGUGGGCACGGAGCAGUCGUCCGACGUCGAGUUCAUCCACACGUUUUGCCCGUCGUGGGAGUUCAAGCAAGCCACGACCACGGCUUUGCUGGACGACACGGCCACGGCCGACGUUGUGUUGACUGUGGAAAACCAGUCGAUCCCAGCGCAUUCGCUGGUUCUGUCGUGUCGGUCACAUCGAAUGGCCUCUGUCUUGGCAUGCAUCCGCGAAGGUCGAGUGUACGAGAGCCCCGUGUCGUUCGACCAAGUCACCGACGACGGAUCGCAGCUAACGCUUUGCGGACUUUCUCUGCGCGUGCAUUGCUCGUUGCCGUCGUUGCGUCUGUUUCUGGUCUACUUGUACUCGGACGACGUCGAUCUGCCGUCAUACGACCCGUCCACGUGUCAGCACCUGGUACAUUUGGCUUUGUACUUUGACCUCCGGCACCUCGUGUCACUCGUUGAAAUGAAGUGCUCCCAGCACCUGUCGAUACAAAACAUCCGAUCCGUAGCCAACUUUGCCUUUCAGAACCAACUUCACCAACUGCUGUCGUCGUGCCUGCGGUACCUCGUUGUUCACCGCGGGGUCCUCGGCGCCCUCACUGGCUUCUUUCCCAGCAUUCGGUACUUGCUCAGCGAAGAACUCAAGGGCUGCACGCACUCCCACGGGGUCCCUGAAUGCUACGGCCACCUGUGCCUCCUGGACCCACAUCACCGACUUCUUGUCGUCGGCGGCAUCUGCCACUCCACCAUGCAUCCGAGCUACAUCUCCCCCAAGCACAUCCUCGUGCUGGACAUGGACGCCAGCUACGGCACCAAAGUCGACACGACGGGCGAGUGUCCGUCGUCGCUCGUGUUCAGCGCCGCGUGCGCCUUGGACGCCCACCAGUACCUAGUGUGCGGUGGCGGUCACGCCCAGCAACCCAACGACGAACUGCUCGUGUUCGACACCCGGGCUUUUAUCUGGUCCAAACUCCCACCCCUGUCGACUCCGUCCCCUUCGCUCGGUCGCGUCGGCCACUCGCUGACGCGGGAUCCGACGUUGCAAGGGGACGGCUGCCGGUUGUUCUUGUUUGGGGGGUGCAACGUCCGCACCAAGGAGUACUACAACGACGUCCACUGCUUGAACGUCGCCCCAGACAACCACCUCGAUUGGACGUGUCCGACGGUGCUCGGCACCCCCCCACUGGCCAGCAUGGCGCACUCGGCCACGACCAUCCGCGCCCAUAACUCGUACGGCGACGCGUGCUCCGUCAUGGUGGUCUUUGGAGGCGCCGGACCAGGGUACCUCCUCAGCACACUCAACAUCCUGCAUCUGUCGGAGACGUACCUUCGGUGGGAAACCCCCGACUCCCGUGGAAGUAUCCCGGGCGCACGAUACGGCCACAGUGCCGUGUGGAUCCAGCCCUCGACUACGUCGUCAACCAACUCCAUCCUCGUGUUCGGAGGGGCGCUGUCGGCCCCCUGCCAAGACUUGUACAUGGUGGAGAUCAUCGUUGGGGCACAUGAGCAGCCUUCCCAAGCCACGUGGUCCCUCGUGCAGACCCAAGGCGUGCCGCCGUCCCCGCGGUAUCGGCACACGGCCGUGCUCUCGGCCAGCGCGCGUCACAUGCUGGUGUGCGGCGGCAUCGGCAACGACAGCGACAAGCAUUCCACGUCGGACGUUGUUGUCGUGUUGGACCUCGAGACGCGCGAGUGGGCCAACAGCACCGUCAAGACCAUCGAGCCCAACCUGGACCACUCUGUGAUCGUUCAGCAGUCCAGUUGGUACACGGACAUUGUGAGCCUCGUGGACUCGCCCGUCCAAAGCGACGUCGUGUUCUGCUUCGACACUAACGAUGGCCCCCUGCACGCACACUCGCUCUUCCUCACGAGGUCCCUGCACAUGCGGCGCAUGCUGCACACCGGCAUGCUCGAAAGCCUCUGCGGCGCCGUGUCCCUCAACAAGCCCAAGUCCACCGUCCGCGCGCUCCUCGAGUUCGUGUACACGGACCGCCUGCGGGUGCUGCCCGGGGACUUGAUGGACUUGCUGGACACGGCCCAUUCAUUCAACAUGUCCAUCCUGUCGAUGCUGCUCCAGGUACGUUUUACUUUGGCCACGAAAUAUCAUUCCAAACUGAAUAUAUAUAUAUAUAUAUGUAGGGAAUCGCCGUGAAUUUGCUAGAUGAAGCGAAUGUCGGUUCGAUGCUCGUGUUUGCCGACAUCCACGGCCUCAAGUCUCUCAAGCUCGGAUGUGUGACAUUCAUCUUGCAGCGCUGGCGAUGGGAAGAGGUGGAGCGAAUGUUUCGCAGUGAAGUGAGUGUGGGACUCCGCGACGAGCUCGAGCUGUGGGGCUCCACGUCAGGGCACGCGUACAUGUACAACCAAGCACAGUACCACAUCGCCGUGUAGGGUUUGUAGGUGUAUAUUUAUGUCGUUGGGGGGAUGGCAACGUUUAAUUUCAUUCAGUGGGAUAUUACUUGAGCA